CACGUUGAAAGGUGAACCCCAAACAAUGUAGCCUUAAUCCUCAAUUUAGGUCCUCGAUCUUAGAUCACUUUUCUCCAAACAGUGUCAACUUUUUUAGCAUAAAUAUUCUCCAGUGCUUUGCAAUUUGCACCACCAAAUAACAAGCAAGCUAGCCAGAGAUCCAUUACUGGACGAGCUGCAGAACCAACCAUCAUGAUUAGCAAUAAACCCUUGAAGAAGACAAGAACUUUUCUCCUAAAGAGGUCAGAAUCAACUACCCCCCAAUCCCAAUCUCAACCCCAAUCCCAAUCCCAAUCCCAACCCACAAAGUUGGAUAAUAUUGUCCCUAGAAAUAAUAAGUCUUCUUUGCUCGAAUUCCCCACAUCUCCUCAACUGGUAUUUGGGGAAGAGAUACUUCAUUUCGGUCAUCCACAACACCCUCUGUCCCAAGUGAUCCUGCCCGACCUCUUCACCUGCGCCGGCUGCAAGGAGUACGGCGCUGGCAAGAGGUUCAUUUGCCAACAAUGUGACUUUCAGCUCCAUGAUUUUUGUGCCUUGGCUCCUCCAGCUCUAAAGAACCAUCCCUUCCACUUCCAACACCAACUUGUUUUCUAUUCUAAAGCAGUUAAAGGAGGAAUUGCACAAUCCAAGUGCGAUGUUUGUCACAGGCCAAGCAAAGGUUAUGCUUUCAGAUGCAGCGCAUGCAGCUUCCAGAUGCAUCCUUGCUGUGCGAUGUUGUCUUCAGAAAUAAACCUGCAGACUCACCCACAUACCCUAAGGCUUUUACCAGCAGCAGCAAGUGGUAGCAUUGGCGGAGAUUCUUCUGGUAGCAGUUUUGUUUGUGCGGAGUGCAGGAGGAAGAAGUCGGGCAGGGUUUACCACUGCAAGGUGUGUGAUUACCAUAUUCAUGCAGUUUGCGCCAAGAACAUGAUAAAUGGGCUGCAAGAAAACGGCCUCAAGGGGCGAGAAAAGCCGAGUGUGUUGGGGACUGCUGCUCGCCUCGCAUCUCAAGUCGUCAUUGAAUUCAUCGGCGGCCUCAUUGAGGGGCUUGGGGAAGGUGUUGCCGAAGUUUUCGUUCAGAAUAUUGCCCGAUCAGGAAGACCCAAUGCCCCUAAUUGAUUGAUGAAGCUCUUCACUUUGGACUGUAUAUUUAUGAAUUACCAAAUAGUAUGACACUUUCAUCGUACGGUGUCGGUCAUGUAUUAUUUACCAUACAGAACUAUUCAUUUCCCUGUCUUUCCCGAUCCUUUUCGGCUACAUAAUAUAACGGUUUUUUAUGA